AUGACAUCUCCAGCCCAAGCAAAACGCGAGGCUCUGACCGGCAACAAGGCGGCAGCCCUUGCCUUGAAGCUGGCGCGCACGCAGGUGCUGUGCUACUUUCCCAUCGGUCCAUCCGACGAAGUGGGCGAAGAGCUGUCCCGCAUGAUACAGCGGGGAGAGCUGCCUGCGGAAGUAAUUGAACUGGAGCACGAGCGAAGCGUCAUGAACGCGCAGAUCACCGCGACCCAGUCGGGCGCCCGUUGCUCUUUUGCCACCAAUUCGGAAGCCAGGAAGCCGUUGACAGUUUUGCCGCCCUACGAGUUGCCAACCGAGGUCGACUUCAUCAAGAACCUGGACUUCGCCGCCUACUAUGGCGGGAACCGGAUGAGCGGCUAUGGCUAUAUUGACGUGGAACGAGAAUACAUGGAGCGCCGGUUCCAGUUGGACGAGGCUCUCAACGUCACAGCCAAGACCAGGUUAAAGCAGGCACAUAAGGAUUAUGUAAAUUUGGCAGGAAGAGGCUAUGGAGGCCUCAUCGAGACCUACCAGAUGGAAGACGCCGAAGUUGCAAUCAUCGCAAUGGGAUCACUGUCUUCCACGUCCAGGCUGGCCGUGCAUCUGUUAAGAGAGCAAGGCAAGAAGGUAGGACUGAUUAAGAUUCGCACCUACCGCCCAUUCCCCAGCGAAGACUUGGUAGAUGCGUUGCAGAACGUAAAGGGUGUGGUAGUUCUGGAUCGGAACACGGUCGCCGCUGUCUAUAACGACCUGCGCAGUUCGCUGUUUGGGCAGCCCAACCCUCCUGCGGUCCUGGGCCGAAUCAUUGGAUUGGGCGGACGGGACGUUACUCAUUACAACGUGGUCUACGCCGCAGAGGAAGCUUUGGCAGCUUGCCGCGGCGAGAGAACUCCCAAAGCUCUCGACUGGCAUUUUGAGGUUAUCGAAGACGAAGAGAUGUUGGGGCAGGUGUUGAACAGGUAA